CAAUGGCAAUUGCUGCUCUCGGCCCCAGAUAUUGCGGUUAAGCACUAGAGCAGCGACUUCGGCGAUCCCACUGCUCAUCUGGUGUGCUUUUCACAUAUUGAACAAUUCUUCCAUAAGAUACCUUGACAUUUGCUCACAUGAAUUGAAGAAGAAAUGAACCACACAACAACUUGGAUUAGCUACCUUUGGAUGACAGUUGUGAUUCACUUAAUCAAAGGGAAGCUUGCUCACAAUCAAGCAGAUGACUUAUGCCCUACCUUUCAGUCAGAGGGACUGCAUCAUGACCUUUCAGGGUUCGACCUGAUGCAGAGAUUUUCAUUGGCACGCUUGUCAACAAGAAGCAAAACCUCCCAACGCUUACCAUUUAUCAGAAUGGGAAGAAAACUGUCAAUUAGACAAACACAGCAGAUCUUUCCAAAUGGGUUACCAGAAGAAUUUUCCUUUAUUACCAUGUUCCGCCUGAAGAGAAACAGCAAAAAGGAGAUCUGGCAUUUGUUGAAAAUUACUGAUCAGUCAGAUGAUGUGCAGGUCUCCAUUAUUGUUGACGGAAGUCGGAAGACAGUGGAAUACAGUGCCAAAAGCCAAUCUGGAAAUAUCAUGCAUGUCAUGUUCAGGAAACGGGAACUGUUCCCUCUGUUUGACAGGCAGUGGCACAAGCUGGCAAUUAACGUGAAGGCUGGGCUGGUGUCACUUUACAAGGACUGUGAACUGGUAGACAGCAAACCUAGUGAAGACCUAGAGAAGAUUGAUGUCCAUGGGAAAACUGCAAUUGGUCUUCGUGUCAGUGAUGAGAAUCCCGUUGAUUUUGACCUUCAAGAGAUAAUGAUUUACUGCAACCCUCGGCUGGCAGAACUGGAAAACUGCUGUGAAAUUCCGGGUGCCCUCUGCUCAGCAGAGGAUGUUUUUUAUACAGCUGUGGUGACGUCAGAGGACUUUGGGAGGCGGCCAUCUCUUCAAUCAAACCCGAGAAGUGGGAGUCGGAAGAGCAUAUCUUGGAGUGUUCCUCAAAAGGGUGAUAAAGGUGAUUCUGGUCCUGCUGGUGAAAAGGGUGAGAAAGGAGACCUUGGAGAAGUUGGCCCACAAGGUUUACCUGGAACAGAUGGUUUAAAAGGUGACUCUGGUGACAUGGGUCCAGCUGGCGUAAAAGGUGAAAAAGGUGAUAUGGGUCCACCUGGUCCACCUGGAUUGAACAUUAAAGGAGCAAAGGGCGAACCAGGGGAGCCUGGUGCCAGAGGCCUUCCAGGAAUGCAAGGAGAAAGGGGUUUUGAAGGACCCCAAGGCCUUCCAGGGCAAGCAGGAAUAGAAGGCCAAAGGGUCCUGCUUUCUCUUUGGACUGUCAGCUUCUUCUGGAAAGCUUCAUCCUCAGUCACAGGAAAGCGAGGUCGAAGAGGCCCUACUGGAAAGCCAGGACCCCCUGGACCACCUGGUCCUGUUGGACCUCCUGGAAAUCAAGGAUUGUCUGGAAAACUCGGACCUCAGGGUUUGCCUGGGGAAACAGGUCUCAAUGGGAAGUCAGGAAUGCCAGGGCCUCAGGGUCCACCUGGAAAAGAUGGCAUUCCUGGUAAACCAGGGUUAAAGGGUGAUCCUGGAGUUCCUGGAAAAGAUGGGCUGCUAGGAAGUCCUGGAGAAAAGGGAGAGCCAGGAGAAAAGGGAGAAACUGGACCCCCAGGGGUAAAGGGUUCCAGAGGAGAUCCUGGGCACUCAGGGAAGGAUGGAACAAAAGGAGUGAAAGGAGAACCUGGGCAAGGCCCAGGUGGGGAAAAGGGAGAGAAAGGAUCAAAGGGUGACCCUGGAUUGAUGGGACCCCCUGGACCACCAGGACUGGGACCGAAAGGAGACAAAGGAAUGCAAGGGCGUCCUGGUUUAAAGGGUGAAAUGGGAGAAACAGGGCUACCCGGACUUAAUGGAGAACCAGGCUUGGAGGGUCGACCAGGAUUACCAGGUCCUAUUGGCCCCAAAGGAUUAAAAGGAGAAACAGGAUUGAGAGGAGAACCAGGCAAACCAGGAGAACAGGGCAGAAAGGGUGAUAAGGGAGAUUCUGGUGGUGUUGUUGGACGUCCUGGAGAAAAAGGAGACAAAGGUGACCCAGGGCUUCCAGGCACAGGAUUGCAUGGAAACCAGGGGCCAAUUGGACCGCCUGGAGUAAGAGGAUCACGAGGACCUAAGGGUGAGCGUGGAUUUCCUGGUCUUCAAGGCCCACAAGGUGAGAAAGGACCAUCAGGAAGUGGACGGCCUGGCUCCCCAGGUCCCAGAGGUCCUCCUGGUGAGCCAGGUCUACAGGGUCCAAGGGGUUUGCCAGGCUCUUUAGGACAUCCAGGUGCUAAUGGCAUACCUGGGACCAAUGGGAUGCCAGGGCCACCUGGUCCACCUGGAGAGCCAUCUGCACUGCCUCUGAUGGGAGACAUUGGCGCUUUACUGAAGAAUGCGUGCAGCAGCUGCCUGGCUGGUGGUCACGGGGGCUAUUCAGGAUUACCUGGAAUGAAAGGCGACCGAGGUGUGCCCGGGAUACCUGGGACUGAUGGACUUGAUGGCAGGCAGGGUGACCCAGGACCAAGAGGCCCACCUGGAGUUCCUGGACUGGAUGGGCAAAAGGGAAGUAAAGGUGAGCGUGGAUUACCUGGACCUAUUGGAGAGAAAGGGGAUGAGGCACAGCCGGGUUUACCGGGUUUCCCUGGACCCAAAGGAGCUGUGGGACCUGCGGGUUCAAAAGGAAGACCAGGAUCAACAGGGCCAAUUGGACCUCAGGGAGAAAAGGGUAACAAAGGGGAAGCAGGAAUCCCAGGACCUCCUGGACCACCUGGACUUCUGAGCACCACUACCUAUGAGGGAAAUGGAAUGAGCAGUAUCUAUAAAAAACAGGAUGCUCCAGGUUUACCAGGUCCACCAGGUCCGCCGGGGUUAAAAGGAGAUCCAGGUUCAAAGGGAGAGAUGGGUCUAAUGGGUUUGCCAGGAUUGGAAGGCUCCCCAGGAGAAAAGGGCGAUCCAGGAAUGCCUGGACCACCUGGUCUCCAAGGACCCAUCGGUCCACAGGGAAAACCCGGUUCUCCAGGCCCACCGGGAGCUCCAGGUUCAACAGGCGAUCCAGGAGUAAAAGGUGAGAGAGGACCAUUGGGAGAAACUGGCUUUCCUGGACCAAAAGGACCACCUGGAGCCCCAGGGAAAACUGGGGCGCAUGGAUUCCCAGGUGCACAGGGUUUGCAAGGGAAUCCAGGAGACCGUGGACCCAAGGGUGAGCGAGGAGAUCCAGGAAUACUGGGUGAUCGAGGGCCUCAGGGUGAAAGAGGAAGGAUAGGUCUGCCAGGGCAACCUGGAGAGAAAGGAACGAUGGGAGCUUCUGGCCCUGUAGGGCCACGAGGAAGAACAGGUCCCCCAGGACCUCCAGGUCAUCCAGGAUUCUCUGAAAUUUCAGGCACCAAAAUUUCAUUUGAAGAUUUAUCAAAAUUUAUAAGACAGGAGAUUCACAGAAUUUUUGAAGAGAAAAUGGCGCACUAUGAACUGAAGUUCCCUGCUGCAAUGUUGGCUGCUGAAGCCAAGUCAAUCUUUCAAGGGCCACCAGGAAAAGAUGGGCUACCUGGACUACCAGGUCCUCAAGGAGAGACUGGAGCACAAGGACCCAGAGGUUACAGAGGUCAAAAAGGUGAAAGAGGCGAACCUGGCAUCGAACUUCCUGGUGAGAUCGGUCCACGGGGCCCCCCAGGUCUCCCAGGAUUGGGAAUCCCAGGUCCUCCAGGCCCACCAGGUCCACAAGGCAUCAGAGGCCCUCCAGGAAGUGAUGGAAGAUGUGAUGCCACGGAUUGCUUCUUUCCUGCAAGUUUUACAUAACCAUCUGCAUGAUAGAAGUCUGGCAUUAAACCAGAAAUUAUUUCAAGUGUGGCAGUUUUGAACUGUUAGUUAACACACUUUAAAAUUUAGUAGAGGAAUCCAGUUCCAAUUUUUGCUAUUUGCAAAAACUGCAUGGGUAGUCACCUGUCUGUAAAUUGUGCAACUGGAUCCACAUUCAGUUAUGGAGUCAUGCAUUCACAGCUUGAUAAGCGAAGUUGAAUUUAUAACUCAGUUGAAAAGGUGUUGUGCUGGGUAUGAGACACACCAGCUGCUGUAGGUCUUCUACAUUUACAAAUCUGCUGAUAGAAUUGUUGUCCAAUUCUAUUUCAUAAAUAGUCUUUGAACACAUUGAAUACAUAUUUCCCACAUAAUGUGGCGAUUUGAUUGAUAAGGAGAUUUUUAGCUCUUUUCAAGUAAGGAUUUCAGUAAGGAAUAAAUAUUAUGAAAUAUGUGAUAACUGUGAUAAGCAUCCAUCCCUAUCCCAUCUUGUGUGCUUCCUUGGAUUCUUUGUGUAGGAGACCUUAGGUUCAUUGUUCCAGUCCCCGUAGUUUAAAAUACUCAUUCUAUUCAUCUCACAACACAUCUCUUUCCCCACGUUCUGAAAAAAAGGCUAAUUUAUUACCAAUUUGUUAAUUUCUAUGAAUUUGCUCACAUCAUCUGAAAGAUCAAUUUUCAUUAUUGUUAAAACAUAUGAAUAACUUCCACUUAAAGGCUCCAAUUGGCAGUUUAAACUGAUGAACCCAUUUUAUGAAAACAUCAGACAUGAUGUUUACGUUUACUGCAUUACGGACUAAAUGUCCUGUGUGGUUUUAUUUCAUUGAUCUGCUUGAAUAACAAUUUGUAAUUUUUAUGUGAUUUAGUCAAAUAAUUUACUGAUGUUGUUAUGAAUACACAUGACACAGUGAUGUGAUUUUACUGCUGAUUGGAUACUUUGCAUGGCUAUUGAAUAGUGCCACCUCACAAUCUUUAUUUGGAAUGAUUGGCUUUAAUAAAGAGCCUCAAAAGAAUAAUAAUGAAACUGUGUGGCAAUGUAGGUAGUUGUGAUUCUUCCUUUAUAUUUUAAUAGCGUAUACUUCAAAUGGCAAAAUAGCAAGAAGUCCUUAUUUUAACAUUAUUGGUAACCAACUCAUUAAACAUGUAAUGUACUGGCACGGUUAGGGCCAGGAAGCAAAGGCCACCUUUCGAAUGAACUGUGUGGAACGAAUACUAUUCCAAACGGUGCUAUGUGUAUAUUUUGAAUUUUUAAUUUAAUCAUGGCAAAAUUUAAUUGUGAGCAACUUGUACUGCCAGCUUUUAAAUACAUAUGUUGAUUUAAUUCAAUUGUGAUUAAAAUUGGCAGAUCUUAUUUUUUAUACAUUGUAAAAGUGCUAUUUUAUUUUCAUACACAUGGGAAGUGUUACUUUCUGUUAGAGUGCUGGACUGGUUGGUGUUCUGCAUGCACGAUGUACACUACUGCGAUUAUUGCUUCAAAUUUAUUUAUGCUAGGUAUUUUGACACUUUGAACUUUCUGUUUGUUUUAUAUCAACAAUUUCAUUGAUGAAAUGUAUAUGUUGUAAUUUAGAAAAAAAAUCUUCUAUGUUAGUUAAGAAAUUACCUUCAUCUGCUGCUGUGCACAGGUGCCAGUAUUUUAACUAAUGGUACAGCAGUAUACUUAAUGUAUAUUAUUAGUAGAAGUACCUCAUCAGAAGAGCAUUCCAACCUGGCUUGGAUUCUAAGCAUAAUUUUUCUUUUUCUUUUGCAAAUAAACAUGAUACACAACAGGUCAAAUAUUUGUAUAAAAUAAAAUUCACCAUGAUUAUGGAGCAAGCCUAAUGUAGGGAAAGAAUACACAAAUUAAGUCAAAAACAUAAAUAUGUUAAAAGUGGAGCCACCUAUGCAAUACAACUGCAUUUUGACAUACAUAUAAAGGUUAGGGAUUGGGAAAGCUCUAUCAGAGAAAUAUUAUAGGCAGGAGGGACUGAAAGGUUCUACAGUUAGAAAAAUAAAUAUUAUUGAUACAUUACUCUAAAAUAAAGAAGAAAGUAGUACAAUAUAAAUGUAUAAAUUCUACAACAUUUAGUUCCAAUUUACAGCUUUCAUGUUUUUCUUUUUAAUAUAUUUUUUGGUUUUCUGCUGAAGUUUGAUGGCUGAAUUGGAACCAUGAAUAUAGUAUUCAACAUCCCUUUCUUCCUCCCUCCCAUUCCUGGGUGGCGACCGUGUGGAUCCAAUACAAUACUUCCUCAGUAUUGUUUAAAUAAACAGUGCUAAUUUCCUGCCAGUUAAUUGGGUGUUAUCAAGAGCACCUUUCACAAGAUUACUCGAUAAAAGGCAAAAAUAAUGUCAUUUUAAAAUGUCCUUUCAUCAGACAUUAAUUGCUGAAAGACAGUGAUUUUAGAUUGAGGUUGUUAAAUGCUUUUGUAAACGCAUGUGAAAAUACUAUAAAAUAGUUGCUGUUAAUUUUUAAUUAUAAUUUUUUCCUGCAAUUAUGAACAUGACAACAUCUCAGUCAUUGGUCAUAAAAGCAGAAUAAAUUGUGAUGCUAUACAUCUGCUGAGAAACAAAGAUACAAAUUUUUGGAUGCAUUUCAUUUCAAAAAUAUUUAGAACUCAGUUUCAAUGCAUUAUAAUUGCAAUGAGAAAAAAGCAUUUAACACUUAUGAUAUGAAGCAUUUUUGUAUCGGUUGAUGAUAUUUGAAAUACUUUAUAACAAGAAUAUUGGUCUGUUUGUUUGGAUUAUUUGUUUGUAAUUGAUUUUGUCAAUAUGACGUCAGAUGAUUGUAUAAGCGAACACGUUGAUGGCAGAUAGAUAUACUGUUUUAAACACAAUGUCCUACCUCAUUUGAGGAAUGGUUUUUAAUCUAUGUAUGUAUAUUGAAUUAAUUAUUGGUAGCAUUAAGUAGUUGAUUCAAAUGACCUAUUUUCUGAUUUUGAUAAUUCUUCAUUUUCACAGGAAAUUCUCCAAAUAACUCCUUGUUUUGUUUAAUUCAUUUAUUGCUCAGCACCUUUUUUUGUCUUCUUUCCUAAGUUCUCCAUUCUUUGGUGAAGAUGCUAGGAACUAGAACAACAGUUAGUUGAGGGAUAUCCAAUAUCUGACCUGAGUGUUGUUUUUCAUAUCUGACCCUGAUGCUGUUCAACAAGGGUGGAGUAAUAAGCCUGCCUCAGACCUCACCCAAAAUCAUUCUUUGCUUGGCGUUGCUUGAUUAAGGGUCAUUGGAAAACAAUAAGAUAUGAAGAACCCAGACUGAUUUUGACCAGUAUAUCCCUGGGGAAGUGAAGCCUGAGAUGUUAUCAGAAUGCUCAGAAUGUGACAUGGGAUAAAACUGGAGAUUGUGCAGGGUCCCCCAGUAUAUCAGACAGUGCAACAGUGGAGAACAUAGUUGAACUAAUGGGGAUCUUCUCAGGUGGAAUUUUAUAUCCAAAAACUAUAUUAAUUGAUCCUCUGAUGCAAACUAGUUACUGACUUAUUUCUUCACUUUAAUUAAUUAAUGUUAUUUAAAUUUUAUUGUAAUUUGACAGACAUUUUCAAUGAUUAUAUACUUUCUAACUUUUAAUAUUUUAUUUGUUUGAAUUAUUUUGUUCUGUACCACAUUAUAAUAAAGUAUUAAAUUGCUUUGUGCUCAUUCCUUAGUAAAGAAUUUCUGUAUUACCUGCUGUAUUACCACUGAGAGAACAGGAGAGCAUAUAGAGUGAAAAAAGGAUUGUGGCAAAGUGUGAUAAUUUUUUGAAAUCAAAUGUUUAAACACUGAAAUUAUUAAUCUAUUUAAGAUGCUUCAUACCCUUUUAUGUGGCAUUAGCCUGCCUGUGUGUAAUUGGAAAGGGAAUACCAGAUUUAUCUUUCAAUAGAUCCUCACAAUAUUUUAAUAAUAUACCCUGUUCUGAUUGUAUGCUGCUGGAGACUCUUGUCAGGUGCAGAUGAAUUAUGGCCAGCAAAAGGUUCUCUGUUCACAUUUGUACCAAUCUGAAAAAAAAAGGAUUUAAAUUGAUCUUGUGAUAUAUGAUGUGAACUAAUGUUGGCUUAUAUACAGAGGGAAAGAAAAUUAUAUUCUUAUUACUUUAUUAUGUAUGCAAUUCAUGAUUAAAUUGUGUACUGUCCAUUUAAAUAAA